UGAUUUCGUAAAAGAAACGCGUUAGUUAAAGUAAAUUUAGACAUAUUCACUCGCUUCCGUUUUUUGCGGAAUGGACUGAACAAAUUGACCGAUAUUCAAUGAUAAUGCAAUGAACAAGUUUUAUGCGUGGUCAUUAAGGAUAUUGUAAUCCUUUGGACAAAAAAUACCACAGACAACUGAAACCCAGCAAUAAUGUACCAGGCAGCUUUGUGCGUAAUUUUUCCAGUCUUGCUGAUAGAUAGUUCGACAGGUACCGCAGAAAAAUGGUAUGCAAAAGACUUUAUCCCGAAAGAGAGUUACUUCUUUAACGAGGGCGAUUGUCACACAGAUAGGGCGAAAAUUAAACGUCUAAAUGAUGUAAGGGAGCUGAUGAGAGAAAAUCAUAUUGAUGCCUACAUAAUUUGUAAUGUAAAUGAGAACCACGGUACCUUAACACCAUAUGACAGGAGAAUAGAAGCUAUAUCCGGGUUCUCAGGAGGAAUAGGCACUGCAGUGGUGACGCUUGAUAAAGCGGCGUUAUGGACAGACGGUAGAACCUUCCAGACGGCCAUUGAUGACGUAGACUGUGGAUGGACAGUGUUCAGGAAAGGUGGAACAGAUACGACGUCUCUAGUGGACUGGAUUUUUACGAACACAAAGGCAACCACAGGAUCAGUUUCUGUUGGAGCAAGCCCCCACCUGGUGAGCGCCGUUUGGUGGACAAAUUUUGAGAAGGUAUUUGCAGAGAAAAGAAUAAAUUUUGUUCCAGUGUAUCCGGAUUUUAUAGAUGUAGUAUGGACAGCUGAUAGACCACCACUACCUUCUUCGCCCAUUCACAUUCUACCUCUGAAAUUUACAGGCGAAACUUGGCAAAGUAAAAUUAAAAGGACGAUAAAUGUUAUGGAAGAACGGAAUGCUGAUGUUUUAGUACUGACUAAUUUAGAUGAAAUAGCAUGGUUAUUUAACAUCAGAGCAAGAGACUUCACUUUUGAUCCAUAUUUUAUCUCCUUUUGCCUCAUAAAUGCCAGAACUGGAGAUGUAAGCCUUUACAUCGUUCACGCUGAAAAGAAGCUUACACAGAACUGUGAAUUAGAGGAUCUAAAAAUCCACGAGUUCCUCAACACAUCUAAGGAUGGCAGUUGUGCUCACUGGAAAUGCCUUUCGAAUUCCAACAAGUAUGAAGACGAUAGUGCAGACAGAUGUGAGAGAAUAAGGGAAGUCAUGAGUGACAGAGGUCAUUGUGUAGAGGUCAAAGAAUACAGCCCUAGUAUGUUUAAAGAUGAGAUUUGCAAAUUAUCACAAGAUGAACAUGUUCGAAAAGUGUGGGAUAUUCCACAGGAAAAGGUUUUAAUGGAACAUUCACCUCCUUUAGUGUUCAAAGCAGCGAAAAAUAAUGGUGAGAUACAAGGAAAAAAGAACUCUACGCUGCGAGAAUCUAUUUUCUUAUCAACCUAUUUUGCUGCACUAGAGGAAAGGAUGAAAAAUGGAGAAGUUCUGAACGUGCAAGAAAUCGAGGCCGAAACAAAGGAGUUGAGAAAGAAAGUACUCUAUAAUCGAGGGCCAAGUGGUACCUCACUGAUUGGAUUUGGUUCCACCGCUCUUCCCAUGGUUCCAAAAAUAACAGAUGAUGUAAUCACAGAAAAGGAUGUCUUUCUGUUUGACAUGGGCGCACAAUAUUUGGAUGGCACCACGGAUAUUGCUCGUUCAUUUGUGUAUGGAACACCUUCAGAAAGACAAAAGGAUAUAUACACACGUUUAUUGAUGACGCACAUUAAUCUAGCAAAGAAGACAUUUCCAGUUGGAAGCAAAGGUCGUGAUUUAGAUACAAAGGCAGUGAGAGAACCCCUUCAUGAAAUAGGAGUCGAUUUUCCGCAUGAAAUAGGACAUAUGGUAGCUGCUUAUGGCGCCAUAGUAGAAGGCCCAGCGUCCAUUUCUAACGCCUCUGCAGACUGGAAAAGUGAUGUUGAUUUAGACAGACAUAUAUUUGAUUGUAACACUUGUAAACAGCCACAGGAUUUAAUAACGACCCCUGAUUGGCGUGAUUAUACACUGGAGGAGGGCAUGGUUUUCUCAAACGAACCGAGUUUUUACGGGAAAGGAGAAUUUGGCAUGCGAAUAGAGAACACUAUGCUUAUCGUAAACGGAAGUUGUUUGAAACCCUGCUAUGCUUUUGAACAGCUUGUGUUUUUGCCGUAUGAAUCAAAACUUAUAAAGCCAGAGUUGUUAACAGUGGAUCAGUUUUCUUGGUUAAAGGACUACUAUAAAAUGAUUGACAAAUUAGUGACUCCUCAGCUAGAAGCAAUUAACGACAAUAAUGCGUUGAAUUGGUUGAAAGACAGAAUAAAUGUAGAUUUUCUUCUUCAAUAAAUCGUGGCUAUACUCAAGAA